UGGACAAACAGAGCAAAGGUGAGGAGCCACUUCAGAGUCACAAGGCCCUCUGGACGGCUCGCCAUGGGGCAGGUGGCAGCGCCCACCGUGUCACCCCUCGGGCUGCUCGUCCCCCUGGGGCUGCUGUGGGGCUCGGCAGCGGCUGCCUCCAUGGGCCCCAAGUGGCCUGAGCCCCUGUUUGGGCGCCUGGCGUCCCCUGGCUUCCCGGGUGAGUACGCAGACCACCAGGAGCGCCACUGGGCCCUGGCCGCGCCCCCCGGCUACCGCCUGCGCCUCUACUUUACCCACUUCGAUCUGGAGCUGUCCUACCUGUGCGAGUACGACUACGUCCAGCUGAGCUCGGGGACCAAGGUGCUGGCCACACUGUGUGGGCACCAGAGCACGGACACCGAGCGGGCACCCGGCAAUGACACCUUCUACUCACCGGGCCCCAGCCUGGACAUCACCUUCCGCUCCGACUACUCCAACGAGAAGCCGUUCAAGGGCUUCGAAGCCUUCUAUGCAGCCGAAGACAUCGACGAAUGCCAGGUGUCCCCAGAGGAGUCACCGCCCUGCGACCACUACUGUCACAACUACCUGGGUGGCUUCUACUGCUCCUGCCGGGCAGGCUACGUCCUACACCAGAAUAAGCGCACCUGCUCAGCCCUGUGCUCGGACCAGGUCUUCACUGCGCGGUCGGGGGAGUUCAGCAGCCCCGAAUACCCAGGACCCUACCCCAAGCUCUCCAGCUGCACUUACCACAUCCGCCUGGAGGAGGGGUUCAGUGUCGUCCUGGACUUCGUGGGACCCUUCGAUGUAGAGUGGCACCCCGAAACCCAGUGUCCCUAUGACUCCCUCCAGAUCCAAACAGGCACAGGGAAGUCUGGCCCACUGUGUGGGGAGACGGCACCCCGCAGGAUCGAAACAAAGAGCAACACGGUGAAUGUCACUUUUGUCACGGAUGACUCAGGGGACAACACAGGCUGGAAGAUCCACUACACUAGCACAGCGCAGCCGUGUCCCAACCCGAUGGCGCCACCUAACGGCCGCAUUUCGCCCGUGCAAGACGAGUACGUCUUCCGGGACAGCUUCUCCGUGGUCUGCGAGGUCGGCUACGAGCUUCUACACGGCUCCCGGCCCCUGAAAUCCUUUGCUGCGGUCUGCCAAAAGGACGGCUCCUGGGACCGACCAGUGCCGGAGUGCAGCAUUGUUGACUGUGGCCCUCCUGACGAUCUACCCAACGGCCAAGUGGAGUACAUCACAGGCCCCGACGUGACCACCUACACGGCGGUGAUCCAGUACGGCUGCAGAGCCCCCUUCUACACCCUGAGAGGCAGUGACGGUGAGUAUGUGUGUGAGGCUGACGGAUUCUGGACAAGCUCCCAAGGAGGAAAAUCGCUGCCCGUCUGUGAGCCUGUCUGUGGACUAUCGAACCUUACUACCAGAGGACGUAUAUUUGGAGGGCAGAAUGCAAAACCUGGUGACUUUCCGUGGCAAGUCCUGCUACUAGGCCAAACUACAGCAGCAGGUGCACUUUUAUUUGAUGACUGGAUCCUAACAGCUGCUCAUGCUGUCUAUGGGCAAAAAGAUGACGCACCCUCCCUGGACAUUCGAAUGGGCACCCUGCAGAGACUAUCACCUCAUUACACACGGGCCUGGGCCGAGGCUGUGUUUAUCCACGAAGGUUACAUUCACAACGCUGGUUUCGACAAUGACAUAGCACUGAUUAAACUGAAGAAUAAAGUUGUAAUCAACAGCAACAUCAUGCCAAUUUGUCUGCCAAGAAAAGAAGCGGAAUCCCUGAUGAAGACAAAUGACAUUGGAACUGCAUCUGGAUGGGGAUUAACCCAAAGAGGUUUUCCUGCUAGAAACCUAAUGUUUGUGGACCUGCCCAUUGUGGAUCACCAAAAAUGUACUGCUGUGUACGACAAGCGGCAGCACCCAGGGGGAACAGUGACCGCCAACAUGCUGUGCGCUGGCUUAGAAGCCGGGGGCAAGGACAGCUGUGGAGGCGACAGUGGAGGGGCAUUAGUGUUUCUAGACAAUGAGACACAGAGAUGGUUUGUGGGCGGGAUUGUGUCCUGGGGCUCCAAUACAUGCGGGGCAGCAGAUCAGUAUGGGGUAUACACCAAAGUCAUUAACUAUAUUCCCUGGAUCAAAGACAUAAUUAGUAACUUCUAG